AUGGUAGAAGAGAACCGCUUGCUCAAAUUAAAGUACCUCAAUGCUAUCAUCAAGGAGGCAUUUCGCUUGCACCCGGUGCUGCCGAUAUUGGUGCCUCGGACCCCACAUGCUUCCUGUGUUGUCGGAGUUUACACAAUUCCCAAGGGCAGUAACAUAUUCUUGAAUAUGGGCUAUAUCCAGAGAGACCCCAAGAUUUGGGAUAAACCAUCGGAGUUCAGGUUUGAGAGGUGCUUGAAAGAUCCCAGCAAGUAUGAUCUCUCAGGCAACAAUUUCACGUAUAUGCCCUUCGGUUCCGGUCGAAGGGUGUGUGCAGGGUUUGCACUGGUAGAGAGGGCGCUACCGUAUGUUUUGGCCUCUCUUUUGCAUCCAUUCAAGUGGGACCUACCGCAAGGGGUGGAGCUGGAUUUAUUGGGCAAGUUCGGGCUUGUGGUCAAGAAAAUGAAGCCCCCGGUCGCCAUUCCCAAGCCGAGAUUGUCCUCUCCAGAGCUGUACAUGUCGAGUUAG